AUGGGUCUGGCGUCGACAUCCGAAUACCCCGUCGUUUUUCCGACACUCGAGAAAUGGGACCUGGUGAUGUACGGCACGGAGACGAAACCCUCGAACCUGCCGGACGAGCGACCCAAGAUCCAGCCAGAAAUCGUCAACAACGGCCUCCCGAGCGACGUGAGCCAGUUCGACAUCGGCGACAGCCGACAGACUCACGGACGCCCGACAAGCCCCGAGAGCACUGACGAACCCUAUGGAGAUUUCAGGUUCCCCGAUCCUCCGCAUAACCCUUCUGAAUUCGCAGGUCAAAUCGACUCGGGUGCCAGUUGUUGGCGACCUGGGGCAGCGCUUGUGUUCACCCUGCGAAUCGCUGCCUGGCUUUUAGCGCGUUGAAGGAUGCCUUUUUUUCUUUUUGGGUUCCCCAGAUGUCGCUGCUCGUGUUUUUUCCCUACGUCCACUUACGCAAUCCUCAGGGCGACUUGUCGGAACCGAAGUGUCGGCAUUGACACUUGAGCUUGAGUCAUCUGAACGCAUGACCCUUCAUUUUUUACUUCCAUUAUUAAAUUACAUAUUUUUAGUACAUUAGGUAGGCAGUGUAAUGUAUGUGUGGAAAAGUCAAACAGUUUGAAGAAAUGUUUGAGCGGGAUGUACUCGGCUAGAUUUAAAAUACAGUACUUGUAUAAUGUAUUUUGUAGCAUAAUUUUUUUAUGUCUUCCUCUUUCGUGCUGCAAUCACUGCCAACUUAAACCUGUGCUCAAUCAAGUGCGCAUCGUUAUUUUGUGGUAUAAAAUUUCUUACUCGAAUGAUGAAAUUCUUUUAAAACUACUGUAGAAACUUUUUGACAUUUUCUCUAAGAAAGUAUGUCUUCCUUUCUCACUUCAAUGUCCUAAAUCGUAAUUUUUGCUUUCCGUUUUAGGAAUCGUGAGUUUUUCCCCUAAAAUUCCCGCGGUCAACAUUUAUUAUCGUUGCAUUUCUUGGAUUAAGUUAGAUCCCUUCUGUUUAGUUUCGAUUUUAAGUUUACUGAUUCUGACGGCGAAUUUUGAUGACUUGUGAUCAGGUGUCAGGCGACAUUUUGGAUUGAAUCUGUGAAAGAUUUCUUUUUUCCGAGAAGCGAACCAAAGACUGCUCGAGCAGGAAGUGUGCCUUCCCCCGCAGACGCGCAAUUCACGCAUUUGCACAAUUCGUCUGCGUGACGCCCUCUCGGGUUUUUUUUCCUUUUACCUUAUUUUAUUUUUUGCGAAUCCAACCCGAAUGCUUCGGAUUCAUUCUGGGGACGAAUGAAUGCCGCAGUUACCAGAGGUCCCCCCACUUUCGGCUUGUCUUUCAGUAGCCGCUCUUUGAAGCCCUGACGUUUGAUGGAUCAUCGUCGUUUUGAAAGGAAUUUUUUGCGCUUUGGUCAGCAUGGCGGCUGCCGUUUGUUUAUUGGUGUAAGCUCGUGACACACAAAUACACGAUUUUAAUCGCGAGGUUUCGAAUCUCGGCGAGGCAUUUUUGGAAUUCCAAUGAAUGGUUUCGAGCUUCCGGGUUUCGAGCACGGUUUUUUUUUUCGAGUCUUGACCUACAAUUUGAAUUUUAUCAUCUCGGAGGGAGGGUCGAACAUUGCGCUUGAGCCGCUGGCCUACGGGUUCAAAAGGCUUUGGCUUGGUGGCAUUUUAAUGCAUUGAUCGCUGCUUGGUAACUAAUUUUGCGAGUUCCCCAAAGCUCAUUUCCGUCGGAAGAGCUGUAAAGAAUGCCUGGAAUGAGAUCAUUACUUGGCGGGAACGGCAGAAAUAAUUACCUCGUGUUUUGUGGGGGGCUUAUUGUUCUUUCUGGGACCAGUCCGAAUAAUUUUGUGUUGUUUAAUGUCAUGAUUCGCCCAGAUUCGAUUAUCCAGGAAGGAAGGACCAUGGAUUCCCAGAAAGCGCAAAAUACCCAUUCUCGUAUUUUUUCCAGAUCUGAAUUACGUGUUUUUUUUCUGUUGCUCAGAUCGCAGUAUUGGGAGUGAUGGCUUUAAGUUUAGUGCGUUGUGUAAAAGAUUCUUUUUUUUUGUAGAAGAGGGCCGCGAUUUUGGAUUCUGUCGAUUUUUUUAGCGCUUGCCGUUUUAAUUUUGGCGUGGGAGAAGGAAACGAUGACUCGUGUUUCAUUGGCUUGGCGGUGUGGUUUUUUUUUUUUUUCGACUUCGGCGUAGAUUUGAGCCGUGCCGUGCCGAACAGUCUACGUCGGGUCCGUCCGACGGUCCGACCGCUUUCUUGUCAGGCUGUGAGAGAUUUUAGUUUAGAAUAUUCAUGUUGUCGCUCGGGUCCCGUUUCUGUAACUGAAAAUUUUGUGGAUCUAACUAUGUUUGUGCAAUAUCUGGUUUUCUUAUUCGUUUCUCCUGACUUUUUCGGCGAGUUUGUGAUACUUCGAUCAACAUUUCUGCGUUUUGUCACGGUUUUAUGUCAGAUGCGUAUUUGAAAGGGCUCAAUGGCGAAGCAAGGGUGUCGUAUAGGGAUUCUAGGAAUGCGCGAUGGGCUUGUGAAGAUCUUAAAUGCGCCGGCGAUUUUCACUAGUAGGGAGAAAAUGAAGGCGUCUGAUCCUUUGUUGAAAUAGUUCCUCGAAGCUCACGCAGCACGUUGCAGUAUUUGUGCAGACGGGUUUUUGUUUCAGUGAAAGUGUUACCGGCAAGUACGAAUUUGAAAGUCGUUUGGCGUGCUUAUCCAGUCUUCGGUCAAUCACAGAAAUGCAUCUUGAUCUGAUAGAACCUACCACAGAAGGAAGUCAUCGCGUAGUUCAGUAUUAUUUGUCCUCUCGUGAAUGUCCCCCCCUUUUUUUUUCUGCCUUCGCGAGAAUUUUCCUGUGAUAGACGAGUUCUUUGCGUUUUUUUUUCUGAAUUUUUCUUUGAUCGAGCGCGGUUUGAUGCGGCGUCUGUGAUGCAGUUUUAUUUAUUUUACUCGGAACAGGGCGCGAAUGCCCCUGAUUUCUUUUCUUGCCAAUUUUGGUUGCAGACCCUUUUUUAGGAGUCAGCCGGUUUCGUCCGGUUUCCUUUGAUCCCUCUCAUGGGAAAUUUUUGUUCGCUACUUAUUUCUUCACAUAUCAAUUAUUGUCGCGUUUAUCUUUCCGGUCGUCCUUGAUCCUAUUUUUCACGAAUGGAAUUUUGAUGGAAAGAGUACCGGGAAAUACAUACCAAGUGAUUCUCUCGAAAAGGAA